CCCCCGCCGGACUUGCUGGUGGCGACGGUGCUGCUGGGCGGACGACGGAGCCCCGAGCUAGCGACGGACCCCGGCCGGCCCUCCGGGAGCGAUGCUGGUCCUGGCCGUGCUGUGGGUCUUCACGGGAGCCGACGCCGCUUUCGCCCAAGUUCUGCAGACCCGCUUUGUCGAAGAGCCUGAGGACCAGACGGUGGUGGCCGGGCAAAGGAUUGUGCUGUCUUGCGUGGUGCUGAACUAUUCCGGGAUCGUGCAGUGGACGAAGGAUGGCCUCGCCCUGGGGAUGGGGCAAGGCCUCAAAGCCUGGCCCCGGUACAGGAUCAUUGGCGCCUCUGAUUCUGGACAAUAUAACCUGGAGAUCACGGAUGCUGAGCUCUCGGACGAUGCCCUGUACGAGUGCCAGGCCACAGAAGCAGCGCUUCGAUCCCGGCGUGCCAAGCUGACAGUCCUCAUUCCUCCCGAGGACCCUGUGAUCGACGGAGCCCCUGAGAUCCUGCUGCGGGCUGGGACCCCGCACAACCUCACGUGCCGGGCACGCAACGCCAAGCCAGCCGCCACCAUUGUCUGGUUCCGCGAUGGGGUGCAGCAGUUGGAAGCGGCCACGACCACGGAAGUCUUGCCGGACGGGAAGCGAGAAUCCACGCUCAGCCAGCUCCUCAUCAACCCCACCGACCAGGACAUCGGCCGCGUCUACGUCUGCCGCUGCGCCAACGACGCCAUCCCAGCAGGCAAAGAGACCUCCAUCAAGCUCAACGUUCACCACCCCCCCACGGUGACGCUGUCCAUUCAGCCCCAGACGGUGCAGGAAGGAGAGCGAGUCACUUUCACCUGCGUGGCCACCGCCAACCCGGAGAUCAAAGGCUACAGGUGGGCCAAAGGCGGCAUCAUCAUCGAAGACGCCAAGGAGAGCAGAUACGAAACGCAGGUGGACUACACCUUUUUCACGGAGCCCGUCUCGUGCGAGGUGCACAACGAUGUGGGGAGCACCAACGUCAGCACCCUGGUGGAUGUGCAUUUCGCCCCUCGCAUUGUGGUGGAGCCCAAGCCCACGACCACCAACAUCAGCCUGGACGUGACGCUCACCUGCGUGUGGGCAGGGAACCCGCCCCUCACCCUCACCUGGACCAAGAAGGAAUCCAACAUGGUGCUGAGCAACAGCAACCAGCUGUACCUCAAGUCCGUCACGCAGGCGGACGCCGGGCUGUACGUCUGCAAGGCCAUCGUGCCGCGGAUUGGGGUCGGCGAGAGAGAAGUCGCCCUCAUCGUCAAUGGUCCCCCCAUCAUCUCCAGCGAGUCGGUCCAAUACGCCGUGCGUGGGGACCAAGGCAAGGUGGAAUGUUUCAUCGGGAGCACCCCUCUCCCUGACCGGAUGGCUUGGAGCUGGAAGGAGAAGUUUUUGGAGGCGGGCACCCUGGAGCGCUACACCGUGGAGAGGAGCAACACCGGGAACGGCGUCCUCUCCACCUUGACCAUCAACAACGUGAUGGAGACGGACUUCCAGACCCACUACAACUGCACGGCCUGGAACGGCUUCGGGUCUCGGACAGCCAUCAUUCAGCUGGAGGAGAAAGAAGUUUUGCCCGUGGGAAUCAUCGCCGGAGCCACCAUCGGGGCUGGCAUCCUGGUCAUCUUCUGCUUCGUGGCCCUGGCCUGCUUCCUGUACCGGCGGCGCAAAGGAAGCCGCAAGGACGUGACGUUGCGCAAGCUGGACAUCAAGGUGGAGACGGUCAACCGGGAGCCUCUGACGCUGCACACGGACCGCGAGGGGGACACGGCCAGCGUCUCCACGGCAACACGCAUCAUGAAAGCCAUCUAUUCGCCGUUCAAAGAUGACGUGGAUCUCAAGCAAGACCUGCGCUGUGACACCAUUGAUACUCGGGAAGAAUAUGAGCUGAAGGACCCGACCAACGGCUACUACAACGUCCGCGCCCACGAGGACCGUCCGUCUUCACGCACGGUGCUCUACGGCGACUACCGCAACCCCGGCCCUUCCCGCUACGAGGCGCGACCCUCAUCCUGCCUCUCCCACUCCAGCGGCUAUGCCCAGCUCAGCACCUACAGCCGGGGACCUGCCUCGGAGUACAGCGCCGAGCCCGUCCCGGGCCCCACUGCGGGCGCCUCCACGGCCGAGACGGCCAGCCAGCUCUCCUAUGAGAACUACGGGGGGCACGGGGCCUUUCCCCCCAGCGCUGGCUACGCCACCUACCGCCUGGGCUACACCCAGCCCCCUCCGCCCGCCCUGGACCGAGCCCCCUACGACACCUACGACCCCCUGGGCAAAUACACCACAGCCACCCGCUUCUCCUACACCUCCCCGGACUACGGGCAUCGCUUCCAGCAGCGGAUGCAGACUCACGUCUGAAAGCGGCCGGGACUGGGGAGGGCAGGCGGAAGGUACCUCACGACUCCCCCUGAUAUUCAGGGGCUCUUCCCCGCCCCCC